AUGGCACUUAUUAAUGGUUCUACCGAUGGAUGUUUGAAUUGUAACCUGUCCACUUUGUCCGAGGUUUACGUGGAUGCUACCGCAAAUUCGUUAAAUACAUCAACAUUUUACACAUAUGAUUACGACUACACUGAUUACUCUCUUCCUCUUCAGGAGGUCAUACCUGUUGCCCUGGUCUACGGGGCGACUUUAGUGUUGGGAAUCGUGGGAAAUAUUCUGGUGAUCUUUUCUGUGACUCGUUUUCAAAGACUGAAAACGAUCACAAACACAUUCCUUGUCAGUUUGGCAUCCGCCGACCUCCUAGUUAUCAUCGUUUGUGUCCCGACAAAGUUUGCGGCAUUCUUCACUUUUACGUGGCGUCUUGGUGAAGUGAUGUGUAAGGCAGUACACUACGUCCAGAAUGUCUCCGCCAUCUGCUCCGUCACCACGCUUACCGCCAUGAGUUUAGAGAGGUACUAUGCCAUCAUCCAUCCUGUUCGAGCCAAGUACGUCUGUACAGUCGGGAGGGCAAAGCGGCUUAUAUGCAUUUUGUGGGUAGCGGCGUUCGUGCUUGCGUCACCAAUCAUCAUUGGCCGGGAACACAUCGAGGUUCAAGGGAUAUACAGAAAAGCGACAUGGUGUAAGAAAAACUUCCACUCCGCCGGCGUGUCCAUCCUUUAUGAAAUCUUCAUGCUGCUUAUAAUCCUUAUUAUUCCCGUCGGGGUAAUGUCUUUUGCUUACCUCAACAUAUGUAAGGAACUGUGGAAUAUCGCUACCCAACAACACUGUCCCUGUCCAUCAAAAGGCGACCUUAACAAGACAAACUCCGGCUCUAACGAUAUGGUAACAAUAACUACACCAAGAAAAUCCAAAGACGACAACAAGAGCAAGAAACAGGUAAUUAAAAUGCUGGUUGCUAUCAUCAUCAUUUUUAUCAUUUGUUGGGCGCCCUUACUCAUCAACAAUGUUCUGGUAGGAUUCAAGCUGCUGCCUGAUCUGAAUAUCGACCAUCACAAACACAUUCGUGAAGCUCUCCACAUCAUGGCCUAUUCCAAUAGUUGUGUCAAUCCCGUAGUAUACACAUUCAUGUCACGAAACUUCAAGGAAACAUUCAAACAAACUCUGUGCGGUUGUCUGCGCAAGUCCAGGCGAUACAGGAAGAACACUUUGGAGGCGGGAACUUCCUUUCACAAUGGUAAAACCUAUAACACCACACUUAAUGGAGAUUCAAGCGUGAUCGUGAACAGGAACGCAGUGGAGCUGUCAAGUUGUCAGUACGGAACCAAUGCUGAACCUGUGUAA